UACACUAGUGCGAUGAAGAGCGUGGGGUUGGUCCCGCUUUUCAUAGAAGAACCUGACACACACGCCAUUCGUUGCAUGAUGGCGCAACAUGUUGGUCAAACGUGUAGAUUGCCGGCUUUUUUAUUUAUUAUUUUUGUGUUUAUUCAAUUGUCUCAAAUAAGUGCAUUCACAAUACAUGAUACAGUAACUGAUUUAUCGCCAAGUGUGACCUCUGUGAGAUUAAUCAACCGCGAAAAUUUGAAUAUUCCAUCUAAUAUUCCCCUCCAUUCGCAACAUGAACUUCUAGUGGAAGUGAUUGGUUUUUCUUUACGAAAUGUCGAUAUUCGUUGGACGACAGACAAAAAUAAUUGUGAUAAUAAAAAAAAUUAUUUAACCAAAGUUCGAACUGAUAAUAAUGAAAAUAAAGCCAUUUAUAGAUUCUCAAAAAAUUGUUGUCUUGAGGAUACUACAGUCUAUUUUUGUCUACCAACCAUUGACGGAUCUUACGUCCGAUGGACCAAUCUUGGUGAUACAUAUGCGGUAAAAAUAAAAAAAAGUCGAAAUAAACGAGACAUUAAUGACUUCGGCAUUGAACUAAAAAAUCCAAAUCAUCAAGAAGAAUUAAGAAUUGAAGGAUUACGAGUCGAAUAUGCUGAUAAAGAGCCAAGUUAUUCAGAUGAUGGGGUACCAGAAAUUUUGAUUGACAGCAGAGCAAUAAUACGAGUAUUUGGUACUGGAAUCACUAAUGAUACGCUAAUCAGCUUCACAGAUGUUCCUCAAAAACGUGGCACCGUUUGUGAUAAAAUUAAAUCCAAUGAAUUUGAAGUUUAUAAUGUCGAAAGAUACACAGCGACAAUCAAUGUUACCCUCCCAUUGGGUUCACCCUUUUAUAUUUGUGUGAAACAACCGAAAUACUCUGAACUAAAUGAUGAAAAGGCGUUGUUCGUACAUCAAGGCACAGAGAGUUACAAAGCGAUUCGUACUUAUAAAAAAUUCUUGCCUCUAUGGCUCCAAAUAAUAAUUAUACUAGUAUGUCUGGGAUUUUCUGCACUAUUUUCUGGAUUAAAUUUAGGACUCAUGGCUAUGGAUCGGACAGAAUUAAAAAUCCUCUGCAAUACUGGUACAGAAAAAGAAAAAAAAUAUGCAAGGACAAUUCAACCAGUUCGAAAUCAUGGAAAUUAUUUAUUAUGCUCAAUAUUAUUUUCAAAUGUGCUGGUUAAUUCAAUUUUUACAAUUCUUCUGGAUGAUUUAACAUCCGGUUUAGUAGCUGUCAUUUGUUCUACAUUAGCUAUCGUUAUCUUUGGUGAAAUAUCGCCUCAAGCAUUUUGUAGUCGACAUGGUCUGUGUGUUGGCGCAAAAACUAUUUAUAUAACGAAAUUAACAAUGGGAAUAACAUUUCCACUUAGUUAUCCAAUCAGUAAAUUCUUAGACCUGAUGCUGGGCGAGGAAAUUGGAAAUGUUUACAAUCGCGAACGAUUGAAGGAGCUUGUUAAGGUAACAACUGGCUACAACGACUUGGAAAAAGAUGAGGUCAAUAUAAUCGCAGGUGCCUUAGAAUUGCGGAAGAAAACAGUUGCUGAUGUAAUGACACGUAUUGAAGAUGUCUACAUGUUGGAUUACAAUGCAAUCCUUGACUUCGAGACUGUGUCGGAGAUCAUGAAAUCAGGCUUUUCAAGAAUACCAGUCUACGAAGGAACAAGAAAUAAUAUUGUUACAAUGCUUUACAUAAAAGACUUAGCAUUUGUUGAUCCUGAUGAUAAUACUCCUUUAAAAACACUUUGUCAAUUUUAUCAAAACCCUUGUAACUUUGUCUUUGAAGAUGUUACAUUGGAUGUCAUGUUUAAGCAGUUUAAAGAAGGUCACAAAGGGCACAUGGCGUUUGUUCAAAGAGUCAAUAAUGAAGGCGAAGGUGAUCCAUUUUAUGAAGUCAUUGGGUUGAUUACACUAGAAGACGUUAUUGAAGAACUGAUUCAAGCAGAAAUAAUGGAUGAAACGGAUGUUUUCACGGACAAUAGAAGCAAACGCAAAAGAUUAAAUAAUCGGCCAAAAAUGCCAGAUUUUACGGUGUUUGCUGAAAAAAAAGAAAACCAACGAAUUCACAUAUCACCACAAUUAACAUUAGCAGUUUUUCAAUAUUUAUCUACAACUGUUCCCCCAUUCAAACCUGAUACAAUAUCCGAAACAAUUCUACGUCGUCUAUUAAAACAGGAUAUAAUAUAUCAUAUCAAAGUAAAAUCACGAGACAAAGCACGAAAUGACCCUGCAGCAAUAAUCUAUCAACAAGGGAAACCAGUUGACUAUUUCGUUUUAAUAAUAGAGGGAAGAGUAGAGGUAACAGUAGGAAAGGAAAAUUUAACAUUUGAAAGUGGACCCUUUACAUACUUUGGAUGUCAAGCAUUGAUUACAAACAUUGGCGUAGCUGAAUCCCCUACCACAAAUGCAAAUCCUCAAACAUUGGGAAGCAUCCAAUCGAUAAAUUUGGACGCGAUGCUUCGUCAUACAUUUGUUCCUGAUUAUUCAGUACGAGCAGUUAGUGAAGUAUUUUAUUUAAAAGUUAAAAGAUCUCUGUACCUUGCUGCUAAGCGCGCCACACUUUUGGAGCGUAGCCAGAAGGAUCCAUCACCAAGCAAUGAUCAGUUUGAUGACGAAGUUGAAAAGCUCCUUCAUUCAUUAGACGAAGACGAUCGAAGUACCCCACCAUCACCAAUUCUUAGUAGAAAAGAUGACGAAUUAAAAUCACCCGAAAAUCAAUCGCCGAUAAAAAGUGCUACAGCACCUACAUCGCCCGUUCCAGUAAGUGCUAGCCCCAUUACGAAUGCUAAAUUUUUAACGUCAAAGAAUGAACCAAAUGGACAAUUAAAAAAUUUACCUAAGUUAGAAAAUAUUCCAAGUCCAUUGGAAGGUCAAGGGAAAUUAGAUUUAGAUGCAGAAAUAGCAUCACGACAGUCUGAAGCAGCUCGGCUUUUAUCUGGAAAAAAAAGUAAUAUUGAUGAAGAAGAACGAACAAAUUUGUUACCUAAACAAGAUCGUUCUUAACAGUUACAAAAUGGCUGGGCAGGAUUAAGCCUCCCGGCUGUACAAGUGACAACGAAUAAAUGUAGCGAAAAUCAAAGUGAGAAGAAUCUACAAGGUGAUGCAGAUAAUAAAGAAAAAGAAGUAAUGAAAAUGAAACAAGUGCCAGCAUGACACUUUCUGUUACAAGUAGGAGUUUAGGUACUUAAUAAAUGAAUUAGUCGCAUGACAAAAAAGAAUUGUGAGAAGAAAUACGAUGAUAAAAUAACAAAAAUACUUAAGUAUUAGAUCAACUAACUGAUAAUAAACUACAUAAUUACUUGAUUAACUUUAUUAAUUAAAUGUGGUUGAGAAGAAUUAACUCAAUCUUAUUCAAUUUUUUGAAUUUUACUGCCGAGUUAUUUGAUUUUUUCAUUUCCGCUCAGGGAAUAUUUGCCAAAAUUUAUAAAUGCUCCAUAAUUAAUUAAUUUAUCAUCGUUAUAAUGCACAUAAAAAUUUUUAUAUAGACUUAAAAAAAGAAUUAUUACUUAAUAUUUUAUCAAUAGUGCAUUCGACUAGAACUAUUUAUGAAACAAGAGUGAAAUAUUCCUCUACGUAAAGGCUUUUUUUUUGGUUAAAGCACUUUUUUAAUUUAUAAAUAAUUUUAGUAACCAAUCUAUUCAUACAAUUUUUAAUUAAAUUAGAUGUUUAUUAGAAUUUUUGGAAUAUUUUUAAAAAUAUAAUCAGAAAAUUUACGACAAUUUAUCGAUUUCUAAAUCAACAAAUAAUUAAUAAUAAACGAAAUAGAAAACUUUUUACUAAAUAAAAAUUUUAUCAUCGAUUAUUAAUGAUCAUCCUUCAUUACUUGUAAAUAUCAUUCCAGCAUUUUUGGAGAUUGCAAGUAAUUUCAGCAAAUCGUUAAACAAUAAAUUAGUCAUUUGAAUAAAAACGAAUAAAUGAUAAUAACAAAUGAAAAAAUAUGAAAAUUAGUAUUUCAUACGUUGUUUUUUUUCUUUGUAUAUUAAUAGAUAUUUAAGCUAAUGUUUGUUCUGAUGUAGAUGAAAAAGAGUUGAUUAAAAUAGAAAGUCUUUUUUAUAUAGCCAUGAAAUGUACCAUUUUGAGUGAUAGAAUACGCCUUUUUCUUAAUAUACCUCCAAGUGAUACUUUAUUUUUUAUACUGAAUUUCACUAUUAUAUCCGAAUAGUAGUUUACUAAUGAAUUUUGAAGAAUGAGUGUGAAUGAAGUAAACUUAAUUGUUGAGAAAUUCAUUAUAAAACUUUACGAAUUCACAAGAAAUAAGAAUCAUAAUGAUGGUAGAUGAACCAGUAGAAUAUUAAAUUAUUUAAGAUUCAGAGACAUAAACAAUCAGUUUACAGCGAAAUUCAUUCUGGUCAUAUUUAUUUAAAUUCAAGAAAAAUUUUAUCCAUGAUUCAUAAAGAUUGUUUUAUUUUUAUAGUUAGAUACUACCAAAUAAAUUAUGUAUUGA